GUUCCUACAUCGACUUCAUUCCACUUUGGACCGUGGUGCACGUCGUGUCAUUGCUUUUAAGUUUGUUAGUUGAUAUAUCGUAGUUAGUGUAACUGAUAGCUUUCUAAAUUGCAAUUUUUUUUAGUGAUUUUAUAUUGGUUUUGAGCGUUAAUUGUAUAAAACAAUCUAAUUUUAGCAAAAAAUGUCAGCUUUGACAAAGGGUGUCUUCAUCGUUGCUGCUAAGCGUACCGCUUUCGGAACAUUUGGAGGAGCAUUCAAGAACACCAAUGCAACCCAGCUGCAGACAGUGGCGGCCAAAGCCGCAUUGGAUGCUGCCGGCUUGAAGCCAGAUCAAGUAGACUCGGUCAACAUCGGGCAGGUGUUGGUGUUGUCUUCUCCUGAUGGUGCUUUCUUACCGAGGCAUGUGUCGCUGCAUUGUGGCAUUCCAAUCGAUCGUCCUGCUCUCGGUGUCAACCGGUUGUGCGGAUCCGGCUUCCAAUCCAUCGUGAAUGGCGCACAGGACAUUUUGCUGGGCGCGGCUAAAGUUUCGCUGACCGGUGGUGUGGACAACAUGAGCCAGACGCCGUAUACCGUUCGUGGGGCUCGUUUCGGUAUUCCACUGGGAACCAACCCGGCUCUGGAGGACGCUCUGUGGGUUGGACUAAGCGAUUCGUUCUGUAAGCUGCCUAUGGCUUUGACUGCUGAAAACCUGGCUGAGAAGUACAAAAUUCCCCGCGAGAAAGUCGACGAGUUUGCUUACCGUUCCCAGCAACUGUGGAAGAAAGCCAACGACGCAGGCGUCUUCAAGAGCGAAAUCACCCCCUUCAAGCUGAAGGUGAAGGGCAAGGAGGUUGACUUUGCCGUUGAUGAACAUUCACGCCCGCAGACCACCCUGGAAGGUUUGAACAAGCUGCCAUCUUUGUUUAAGAAGGGUGGUGCCGUCACAGCUGGAACUGCAUCGGGCAUUUGUGAUGGAGCUGCUGCAGUCGUUUUGGCCUCUGAGGAAGCAGUAAAGCAAUAUAAUUUGACUCCUUUGGCCCGUUUGGUAGCUUACAGUACGGUUGGUGUCCCACCGGAAAUCAUGGGAAUCGGUCCAGUCCCAGCGAUCCAAAACGUGUUGAAGGUAGCCGGUGUCAAGCAGGAUGAUGUUGACCUGUUUGAAAUCAACGAAGCAUUCGGCGUGCAGGCCAUGUCUUGUGUACAGGAGCUCGGAAUCGAUAUGAACAAAUUCAACUUGAAUGGUGGAGCCAUUGCCCUGGGACAUCCUCUUGGAGCUUCCGGAUCCAGAAUUACUGGACACUUGGUGCAUGAGCUGAAGCGUAAAAAUCUGAAGCGUGCUGUUGGCUCCGCUUGUAUUGGAGGCGGUCAGGGUAUUGCUUUGCUAGUUGAGUCUGUUUAGAAUAAGAAUGACUUCAUCUCGACAUUACCUCACCGAAAGUUAAGCAUUUUGUAAUGUUUGGAAGAUUUUAGGAGUGAUUUUACAAUUAUUUUUCAUAUUAUUAUUACUAAUACAACAAUUAAUUCUCAUCA